AGAAAUCGGAGAGACAUAAAAGGAAAAUGAAGUGAACAACAAUUAAAAAAAUUCCCCGCUCACAACAAUACAAUCUAUUUAAACUGCAGCUCAUACUUUUCAUACCAAUGGUAUGACUUUUCUGGAGUCCCUCUUCUGAUUCUUGAACUCUGGGGCUGGCAGCUUGCAAAGGGGAAGCCGACUCAAGCGCCGCACGGGCAGGUUUACCAAAGGUCUCCAGUGGGUAUUUUCUUUUUCUUAGCCCUGCCCCUGAAUUGUCAGACGGCGGGCGUCUGCCUCUGAAGUUCGCAGUGAUUUCCUUUAGAGCCUGGCCUUAUCUCCGGCUGCACGUUGCCUGUUGGUGACUAAUAACACAAUAACAUUGUCUGGGGCUGGAAUAAAGUUGGAGCUGUUUACCCCCACUCUAUGGGGGUUCAGUAUAAAAAGGCGGCGGAGAGCUGUCCGAGCCAGACGCGCUUCUGCAUCUGCGCUGGCGCGAGCGCCGAGAGGGUCCUCGCGUCUCCGCCGCUGUCUCCGCGCGCCACCGCCGCGUGCGUCUCCAGACCGCUCCCGCUGCCUUCUCUCCCGGCAGAAACUUAUUUUUCUCCCCGUUAGAGAGCACUUAGGCUGAAGGAGCGCUUUGAGAGCUGAAUAACCAGAAGCGCUUGGAAGGAGCUGAAGCUGUUUUUCUUCGUUUUCCUUGGGUUUAGCUCGCAGGGGAGAAUUUUGAUCCCUUUUUCAGAAUGGAUUAUUUCCCCAUGAUUUUCUCUCUGCUGUUUGUGGCUUUCCAAGGAGCUCCAGAAACAGCGGUCUUGGGCGCAGAGCUCAGCACAGAAGCGGAUAGCGGAGGCGAGAAGGCCUCUCCCAGUGCACCCUGGAGGCCCCGCCGGUCCAAGCGCUGCUCCUGUUCCUCCUUGAUGGAUAAAGAGUGUGUCUACUUCUGCCAUCUCGACAUCAUCUGGGUCAACACUCCCGAGCACAUUGUUCCAUAUGGACUUGGAAGCCCUUCUAGAUCCAAGCGAUCCUUAAAGGAUUUAUUUUCUACAAAGGCCACAGACCACAGGACUAGAUGCCAGUGUGCUAGCCAAAAAGACAAGAAGUGCUGGAAUUUUUGCCAAGCAGGAAAAAAACUCAGGAACCAAGACACUAUGGAGAAAGGCUGGAAUAACCAGAAGAAAGGAAAAGACUGUUCCACGCUUGGAGAGAAGUGUAGUCAUCAGCAGCUGGCGGAAGGAAGAAAAAUAAGAAGGUUGGAGGCCAUGAGCAACAGCAUCAAAGCAUCUUUUCGUAUUGCGAAGCUGAGAGCUGAGCUCUACGGAGAGAAGAAGGUGACCCACAACCGAACACAUUGAUUCCAGAUCCUCGGGGCCUGUCUGAAGCCGCCUCCUCCACUGAGAGCCAUGUGCCUGACUCUCACUCUCUCCACACCGGCUGGGAUCAGAGCAAAAGCAUCCUCCCUGCUUAGACCAUUUCAUGUUCCAGACUGGCAAAGGAUCAGCGUCCUAGUUCUAAACAUUCCAAGAAAGGUUAAGGAGUCCCCCAACCCGUCUUCAUUUGCUUCCAUCAGUGGUAACUGCUUUCGUCUCUCCUUGUUGGGGGCGACAAUGGACCACUCAAAGAAAGCAGAGAGACACAGUGACCCGCCAAUUAGGGUGGCAUCCUCCAGAGGGAGGCAAGGAGAUUCCACCUGCUGGUGGGGUUCCUGAAGAGGAUCCCAAGGGAGUGUUUGUGUCUCACUCAGGCGCCUGGCACAUUUCAGGGAGAAGCUCCAAAGUCCACGCAAAGAUUUUCUGAGGAAUGCACAAAUUGAAGACACUCGAAGGACAAACACUCGAGUAAAA